GAGUUGGGGACAAAAUUUACUGCAAAAUUGAUCUGCAGAGGAGGCCAAGAAGUUGAAACGAUCCAAAGCAACAUGGAAGUGGAAGAGAGGAACGUUGGUGGAGAAGAAAGGGGAGCCCCCCCCCGCAUCGGCACCCCCGAUUAAUUUAUGGGCGAUGGAGGAUAGGGUCCGACACUCAAUUGGUCAAUGCUACGACGAGGGAAUUAUGCAAUUAGUGGAAAAUUUAAGGGAAGUGGUAAUUGAUGAGCGAGGGAAGAGAUUCAGGGUAAAUGAAUCUUUUGAUGCUAUUAAGGAAAAAUGGUUGAAGAUAUGUACGGUUAUCUUCAUCUUUCAUAAUGAAGCUCGAGAUUUGGGGAGGAGCGUCAAAGAGGAUUUAGUAAGAGCGUAUGAGGAUGGGUGGAUGGCAAGAAGGUUGUUCAACCCAGAAAUCCGUAGAGGAAGAAUUAAGUUUGAAAGCCCAAAUGUUUUAUCUUACGUGGCUAAAGCAGUAGAGGUGGCUAUAUGGCUGGUCCAGAGACAGUCGAUAAAGCUCAACCUCAGGGGGACCGAGUAUUCAGCGACGGUCAAACCUUGGAUGACCAAGGCGGAGCUGAAGGAAUUGAAGUUGCAGGAAGCACGUACCAACUUUUGGAUCAUUGCUUUAAGAGUCCCGCUGGAUGCCAUGUGUUACUUACCGAUUGCGGCUGAAGGGUUGUUUUUGGGAGUGAAGGCCAUGCAUCCACCAACAGCAGAUCGCUCCAAACCUAAAUUAAUGAACAUCAAGAUGGACAUGGAACCUCAGGCCAGAUUCAGAGUCGAGGACACGCUGGUUAUAGAAUCCCCGAAGGGGGAGAUCGGGACGAUCGAAAUUGCCACUCCAUUUUCUGAUUGGUGUCGGAAAUACCGGUGGUAUUUCCAUAUGGAGGAGAAUUGUCCAAGACAGGAGAUGGACGGUCAAAGGAGGACAUGGGCAAACUCCAAGUUGCCACGUCAGCAACAACAGCCCCAAGGCAGGCAGCAACGUCAGAGCGGAGCCCCUCAACAAGCAGAACGUUCGACACUAGUAGAGGCGGGCGGACCAACUUGUCGGAAAUCCCAGCCGCCACCUUCCCAACUGAAUAUCCAGGGAAAGGCAGGCACCGUUCUAUCGCAUCUACCUUGUUGUUGCAAAGGAGGAGGGGCUGACCAUCAAGAUUUAUCCGAUGAGGGCGCUAAGAGUUCCCGGCGUUCGUCAUUCGCGAAGUCGCUUUACGGGCCAGCAGUGAGAGCUCAACCGCCGUUUGGGACUGAUGGCGAUGAUGGCCGGCGCUUGCGCCCACGACAUCAGCGAGUGGAAGGGGAGGACAUGAAGGCAGAGCUCCUUGCUCGUGACACCCUUGCAUCGCCACCAGCGAGCACGCCAAAGAGCUUUUUUGAGGAAUGCGGUUUUCAGAAGCCGAACGACUUGAAGACGUCAAAGAAUGGGCGGUAUUCGCGCGAAUCUCGUGCUUCUCGGGAGGAAGAUACUUUGGGUAAUAUUGUCGCCGAUGAGAACCGGGUUCAUCAUGCAAAUGGAACACCUGUGGCAAAGGAGAAUCCUGCACCCAUUCGCUGGCGGAAAGGGGAGCUGAUUGGUGCUGGCGCUUAUGGCCGUGUAUAUAUGGGAAUGAAUUUGGAUUCUGGCGAAUUAUUGGCUGUGAAGCAGGUGCUAAUAGCCGUCAACAGUACAACCAAGGAAAGAGCUCAGGAGCACAUCCGGGGAUUGGAAGAGGAGGUGGCUGUGUUGCGCAACCUUUCACAUCUAAAUAUUGUGAGGUACCUAGGAACCGACAGAGAAGAAGAUGCCUUAAAUAUAUUCCUGGAGUUUGUGCCCGGAGGUUCGAUUGCCUCCUUGCUUUCGAAGUUUGGCUCAUUCACUGAGAAGGUCAUCCGACUUUUCACUCGGCAACUCUUGCAAGGAUUGGAGUACCUGCACAACCAUCACAUCAUGCACAGGGAUAUCAAGGGGGCGAACAUUCUUGUGGAUAACAAAGGCUGCAUAAAACUUGCUGACUUCGGUGCAUCAAAGAAGCUGGCUGACCUGGCGACUGUUUCCGAAGGUUUUAAGUCAAUGAAGGGAACACCCUAUUGGAUGGCUCCGGAAGUUAUCAAACAGACAGGGCAUGGCAGGCAAGCUGACAUCUGGAGUGUGGGUUGCACGGUGAUUGAAAUGUCAACGGGAAAACCUCCUUGGAGCCAGUUUCAGCAUCAGGUUUCUGCCUUGUUUGCAAUUGCAUCCUCAACGGCACCUCCCCCAAUUCCUGAGCAUUUGUCGAAUGAAGCGAAGGAUUUCCUGCUCAGCUGCUUCAAGAGGGAUCCGAAAGAGAGGCCAUCUGCAGGGGAGCUGUUGAAGCAUCCUUUUGUGGCAGAGAACGUUUAUCAGUCAGAGCGGGUUCCUUUGAAUGGUUUGCUUAUGCACAUGCGACCUCCACCAAUCUAUGAGAGCUCAGAGGGCAUGCCAGCCAGCUCUAAGGCGCAGUGGCAACCCAACAGCAUCACACACUCUAUUGACAACGAUGUUAUCCCAAGGGGCUACCUUUCAGCGGUUGAUACCCCGAGCAUGCAGAUUGCGCAAUCCGAGUUGGGUUCAUUGAGACCUGCACUGGACUCCAUGGAUCCGAAUAAGCAGGUUUCCUUGCAUGGUCAAAGUCGAGGUAACCGGUGGGCAGGAGAUGUGCAUGCAGGAAGCAAACCAUCAGCCAGCAGCCGAACUGGCGAUUUUCCCCAGCAGGGACUUGGUCUCGAUUCCGUCAACAGCAUGACGUCAGCCUUCCCUCCAGGAAUGAACUUGGACUAUAACCUCUCCUUGCGGAGUGAUAUGAAUCCCGUCGAAGAGCCAUCCCUGAGGGAGGAUGGAGCAAUGUUUCAGUGGCACAACUUGGCUGAAGAAGGUGAAGUACAACAACGUAGGUGGGCUGAGAGAGUCGGGGUAGGUGGGCCAAACCCUGUGGCCAAUGGGGUAGCUGUUCCCAAUCGAGAAGCGAUUGCCGCCCCAGUGACGUCUUCCAGCUGUGGCGUGCCGGAUGAUGAUGACGAAGUUACAGAAGAAAAGAUACUUACCUUCCUGGAAGAGAAGGCAAUGGAGCUGAAGCGUCUUCAGACGCCACUUUUAGAAGAAUUUGUCAGUGUCCAUAGCAUCUGCGAGACAGCAGGGGCUUCAAAUGGGUUUGGACCCAAUGAAGACCCGCAGACCCCAGGGCCACGUCGUCUUUCAUCACCCCCCCCUGUUCAUCCCUCACCGCAGUCACCUGGUGGAGCUAGAAGGCACUCCAGAUCAACAUCAGGAAGCCGUCUAACAAAUGUCAUGAGCCCAGGUGGUGGAGCAGUAAGCACAGGUGCUGCAGUGAGGAGCAGUAGAGAGAGUGAUGCAUCUGUGGGUGGAAGGAUCGCCACAAACACAGGUGCAGCAGAACAGGGAGUGAAUGCGGAAAGUGUGUCUCCUAAUCCAGUGGCAUCUCGGAAUCACGGAGGCGCACGACAGCUCUCUCUAAGUGGUGGUGAUGGGUCUGGGUUGUUGCCAUUGGAUCGUGGGCCUGUGGCAGCUGUACCUGAACAUGAGGCCUUGAUCCCACCGGAGAGUGUGACAAGAGGGUCUUCGAAGAAACAGCUGUGGGAAGAAGAACUACAGAGAGAGCUUGCAUUUCAGAGAGAAGAGAAGAGGAGGUCGACAUCAAGGCAAUCGGUGGGAAAUUUGUCUUCACCAAGAGAAGGACAGUCCAAGUCCCAAGCAUGACAGCAUCAGUGUCGGCAGGAAAUUCUUUAUGGUAUAUAUAACAGGUUCUUCUUCCAGCAUCAUCAUGUAGCCAUAGUUUUGUGUUCAACAUAGCUAGCUGAGGUGAGGGUUUGAACUCGUGAACCACAAGGUACCAUUCUUUCCUUCUACUCUCCCCCCACCUGCACAGUUUACUUUCUGAGCUUGACCGACUCUCAUAGCAAUGAUGUAUUUGUAACAUUAGCUAGAUGCUGAUUGCCGAACUUCUGGGAAGGGGGGGUGGGGAGGAGAGGGAGAUGAGCUUCAGGAACAAAUCUGAAACGAUCCG